CCACGGCGCCGCAGCCAAUGAGGAGCAAGGGCGGAAAGGCUCUAUUUCGGCUAGGCCAAUGGGAACCUGGCAAAUGCGGACGAAGCCCGAACAAACGAAGCGAGGAGACGGCGUCUCAUCCAAUAGCAAAGUGGCUUCGCUUCAUCUCGGCCAAUAAGCAGCUACGGCGGGCGGGGCUCAGGCAGGGGUCUAAAGGCUGCGGUCACCUCACUCUCUCCCUCAAGGCGCAAGAUGAGGCGGAGCCUGAAAAGCCGGCCCCGCCCAAUAAGCGCCAGCUCGCGCCGCCUCCCAGCCAAUCGACGUCGAGGAGAAGUCGUGAGAAGAAAGCAGCGCCGGUUUCUCUCAGUCCGUCCAUCUGAGCAGGUCCGCGAUGGCGAAGCGGUGCGAACGGCUGGGAACGUCGGCCGCGGCGCGGUCGGCGCUACGGGACGCGGAGGCGGUGCUGUUCGACUGCGACGGGGUGCUGUGGCGGGGCGAGGCGGCGAUUCCCGGGGCGGCGGAGGCGCUGGGCCGCCUGGCGGGCGCCGGGAAGCAGCUGUGCUACGUGACCAAUAACUCUUCGCGCACGCGCCAGGCCUACGUGGAGAAGUUGCAGCGCCUGGGCUUCCCGCCGGCCGAGACGCGGCAGGUCUUCGGCUCCGCCUACUGCGCCGCGCGCUACUUGAGCCACGCCCUUCCUGCGGGAGGCGCCGCCUACGUGCUGGGCGGGGCCGCCCUCAGCGCCGAGCUGGAGGCGGUGGGCGUGGCGCACCUGGGCGCGGGCCCCGCCCCCGAGCCGGGGUCCGCCAACUUUGGCUCCCGCGCCCCGCUCGAUCCUUCUGUGCGGGCGGUGCUGGUGGGCUACGACGAGCACUUCAGCUACGGCAAGCUUUGCCUGGCCCUGCGCUACCUGAUGCGCGACGGGUGUCUCCUGGUGGGCACCAACCGGGACAACCGUCUGCCGCUCGAGGGAGGGAGCGCCGUCCCCGGAACUGGCUGCCUUGUCAAAGCAGUGGAGACAGCAGCAGAGCGUGAAGCAUUCAUCAUUGGCAAGCCCAGCCGCUACAUCUUUGAGUGUGUGGGCAAGGAGUUCAACAUUGAUCCUGCUCGCACCAUCAUGGUUGGUGACCGCUUGGACACAGACAUCCUCAUGGGCAACAACUGCGGCUUGACAACUCUUCUGACCCUCACAGGGGUCUCUACCCUAGAAGAAGUAAAAGGUCACUUAGAGAGUGACUGUCCUGAGCGAAAAAACCUAGUCCCUGAUUACUAUGUUGAUAGCAUAGCCGACCUUCUCCCCAUCCUCCAGGAUUAAAAAAGGGAAGUUUUCCAGCUUUUAAAAUGUAUCUUCUCCCCACCCCCUGCACCCUCAGUGGCUUGAGGCUGGUAGUAUCACCUCGGUUACUGCAAUGCACAUGAUUGCUGCUUGCAACUUCAGAGACUUUUAGUGUGUAACUUAGAAUUCAAGGUCUCUGUUUACAAAUUCCUUUAAAAUGCACUUUGGAACAAAGAGGGAAGUGUGUUGUUUUGGUUAGCUUUCAGAUGUUGUGAAGCAUUAAGUAUGUCUUAAACAACCGCAGUGUUAAUGGCAUCAGGGUAGAGUCUUGCUCAGCUGGGUUAAAGGGAUUGGGCAGGCUUCUCUUAAAACUUUUCACUGUGGUUCUUUGUGGAAACUAUAUCCUCAUCUGUGGGAAAUUCAGGGAAAUGAGCAGUAGGAGGGCAAUUGCUCUUUUCUGACCUGUAGAACUUGACUUUAAGCUUGGCUUUGAUGCUUACUCAGGUCCCGGUUUUAGGCAGCCUGCUUCAAAUGUGAUUUCAGGAAAUAGAAAAUCACUUGUGUGUUCAAUAAUUUUGUUGUUGCGCCUUUCCACACAGCCAUUUGCACUUGCUUCAAUAUGCAAAACACGAAAGAUGCUGUCGUGUUUCAUGUAUUCCUCUAAGAUAGUAGGGGUGUGUGUGUAUAAAUAUAAAUAUAUAUAUAGUGAUGUGAAGAACAGAUAUCUAUUUUAAAAGUGAAUUAUAAUAUAUCAAAAAUAGAAUUUAUUGUUCAGGAGAAAUAUCAAUAGAUUUCCAAAAGAUCCUGCUUGUGUUCUUCAGUACAUACCACAGCAAUACCUGCGCAGUCUGCAAGAUGAAGUACCAUUUUAAGUAAGGAUCAUUUGAGGAUUCCCAAAUUGUGCUAAUGGUUGAAUUACACAUGCAAAGUUACAAAAAUGCCACAGUCACAUGAAGGUCUUGCUACAAGUUGUAAUAGUUAAUGAUCCCAAGCAUAAAUUGUACCAUCUGUGGGAUCCUCUGGCAUAAAUAUUUUGCGUUCAAGCCAUUUUGAAGUCAGUGCUGAUGAAGCAACUACAGUAACUUGUCCUGUGCUUCCUAUUAAGAUCUUAAUAGUGGGUUGUUCAGAGGACAUUGGAAGUCCUUUGCAGAUCCACCUUGGCACCAAUUGUCUGCUGAAAAUGGGAGUUCAAGCCAUUUUGUUUUGCUGUUUUGUAGGAAACAUGAUUAAAUGCACUCUUGAAGUGUCUGGGUAGUUUUGUCCUUUUGACACUAAAUGCCAAAUUGUGUAAUAACAGCUGAAGAAAUCUGAUAUAGAGAUGUAAGGAUGAAAGCAGCACUCACUUUGGGUAAACAACAGAUGAUGCUUGUUUGCUUUCAUUUUCCAAAUUGUGUGCACAUCCAUUGUGUGCAGAUUAUGCUUCCUGUAUCACAGAUACUUGAAACUUGCAUGAACUUGCCACUUUUUGAUGCAGCAAUAAUUGUGUUGUCCACCGUGAAAGAUAUUUUGUAUUUAUAAAUAUUAUAGGAUUAGCAUUGACACUACUUAGAAGUGCUAAAGAUACACAAUAACACCCCCCCCCACCCAGCAAGGUACCCUUUAUAAUCUGUUUCUCAAUAGAAUUUUUUCUUCUUCUUAGGCUUGCUGAACUGAUUUGUAAGCCUAAAGGUUUUCUCCAUCUUCGAUGAUAAUGCAAACGGUUUGUUUCUUUCUGUUUGGACUGACUUGAAAAUAACAUGAUGUCCUUUUGCUAGGACUUGUGCUUAUGCAAAUCUGGGGAGAUUGAGGAAUUGUUCCAUAUAUGAUAAAUGUUGUUUAGAAACCUGUCAAUAACUGCUCAUACUUACUAGCCAUGCAAUAGAGCCUUUCACCUCUUUUCACUGUUUCUUCCCUUGUUGUGAAACUGUGCUGGUGAAAGACCAAGCAGUCUGUGUAAAAGCAUCUGGGGAAAUUCAGUCCUGUUCUUGAGUCAUAUUAAACAAGAAGUCUCUCUUU